AGCUCCAUUUUCUCAACACAUGAAAAGAUGAAGGCAUGUUACCGUUUAUCCACUCUGUGUUGAGUCAUGGAAAGGUUUCCUUUUUAAUGAUAGAAUCAGCAGAUUAGCUGUGGCAGAGGGCUGAAACCGAGCGAAGAACAUGUUUAUUAAAUGUUACCGGCUUAAUAGAAGCGCGGUUCUACGUACGUUGAUCUUUUAUAGACUGCCCACGCAGUGCAGUGUCUCAACACAACCACUCCCAUUACCCCCGGGGUCCCAUUGUGAGUGUGUGCAGUGAGCUGGCUCAUCGGGCCCUCGUGGUGAAUGGCCAGCAGCCAUUCACGCAGCACACAGAAGCUCAUUAGAACUCUAUAGACACACAAUCGCGAGGUUCACAUUAGAAACUUCCUCCUCUGAGGCACAGACACCGCACACAAAGUGCCAGUUUGCUGCUAAGCUAAGCGCAUUGUCUUCCUGAUUCAUAGAGCUUGGCCCUCCAUUCACGAUAUUAAGUUCGAGUGGUGGAAUAUCCAUUGCGUGUGCAAUGAGCCGGUAUCUUUUUAAGAGCUUCAGUGGGGUUAAAAAAGAGAGAAAAGGGAUCUGCAGAGUGCCGGCUUUCAACAGGGCUAUUGUGAGGAUUCUGAAUGAAGGCACCCCUGUUUUUUUCCCUCCAUUUCUAAAAAGAGAUGGACAUCAAAUAAAUUCAAAUGAACUUGCUUGAGGCUGUUUCCAAGACCCACUUUUUAAGAAUAGCCUAAUUAUACCUCCCUCUCCUGGAGAGCUCGAUUGGAAUUUGGCUAAUUACGACGCGGUGAAUCUUAAUGAUGAUACGCUCUUGGCGAUGCCUUUUAAAAUGUGCACAGGAGUCGUGUGAGAGGUUCUACCUCAAAUGUCUGCACACACAGAGAAAUACGUGAUGCAAACAGGAAUACCUUCAGGUUUGUAGGUGCUGGUAACAACGUAUUAUUUGUUGUUGGCAGGCUAAUUAAAGUAAAAGGACAGAGAGCCCUCAAGAAUGAACUAAACAAAUAUUCCCCAUGUUAUCACAUAAAAACACACAGUGACACAAAUCCGCAUCCUUUCCAAGCUCAGAAACAUACAGUUAAUAAAAGCUGUCUGAUUCUCUCUGUCAUACGAACGAAUGACUCCCCGCCAAACAAAAACGCCGCGGGGGACUUUCCCCGCCGUGCGGAGCCUGUUAACACACGCUCACUAAACAAAAGUAGAUAGCGCACAUUGCUAACACUCAUCAUGUGACAGAGCGCUAGGCCUUCUCCACCAGUCUGAGGAAUAAAACCUCAAAUUUGAUUACAAGCAACCUUUGGCUCCCUGGCCGUCGCACAAUAGGCCGAGCUGUCUGGGCCAAUUUCCAUGCUCAGCAUGAGGUAUCUACACGCGCGGACCGGAGCCCCCCCCCGACCAGUGUGGAUAUGCCUGUUUACUGUGCCUAAACUCCGGGUCUGUCGCCCCUCUUGUUGGACAUUCUAUUCUAAUGGCGAGGAUCAUUAGUUGCAGUGUGAAAGGUUACACAAGCCCCUCAUCGGACGUGUUUGUACAUAAACAUCCCUGCAUGCACGUUUGUCCAGAUUUUUUCUACAAUUGCAACCUUUCCAAUAUGCAGCAUGUGCCCCCCCCCCCAUAACUGACAACUGGUACUGAAUAAACAUUUAAGUGAUUGAGUCUGAUGCCUGUGGAGCUACAUGAUCUCUCAAUGGGGACCCCACCGGGUUUUAAGCCCCUCUGUAAAGGUCAAAUAAAAUCAAUGACAGAUCAAAAGUUACCAAAGGGGAACACGUAAUGGUUAGAGAGGUUGUCUUUCAUCCUUGAAUAAAUUCACGUUUUUCAAUAGAAUGCAAUAUCAAAAUAAAUGUGUCUUUAUUUGAAGCCUUCUCUUUUUUGCUUUUUAUAAAAUGUUCAAUUUCGUUUCUUUUAAGAUAUGUUAGAUACCACAAAGAGUUGUAAUGGAAAUACUGAUGGCAUUCCAUUAUUGCAUAUAACUGGAAAGAAAAGCACCAAAUUGACUAUGAAAUACAUUACAUUACUUUGACAACCCAUAUUUAUUUCCACUACGGUGGUCUGUUUUCUUUAACAUAAUUUUGCUAUCAAGAAAACACCUCAGUGAACAACAUUUCCGAAAUAAAACAGAAAAACACUUUGCAAAUGAACUCAGGGGUUUGAAUGCGGCACAUGGGAGGCUGGAGAAAAGAGAGAACUAUUUACUACUGGAGAAGACUGUUUGGUGCAUGUUAAACUUUGGCCGGCAGUUCAUUGUCUCUGGUGUCUAUCAUUUAAUAGGCCGGUUGACAUAAUGAAUGAGCCAGACCCACCUUCUGCCACUCCAGAAAGGCCCCAGCCUUAUCUGAAUUGAGAAGCACAUUAGAGCCUCUCAGCCAAUCACCACACAGCAGGCCCAGAGAGGACGAGCAGAGAACUUUUGUUUUCCUCACAGUUUAAUGAAGUUGGCCUGGUCACUCAGGAAGGGAUUAAAGGAGAAUUUAGUGUCACUGAGUGUUCGGGUCACUGUGUGAACACGAUGGUCUCAGUUCAGAGCUGCACCAGGAGGAAUAUGGCCGGCUCUCCUCCUGCGCUACCCGGCUUUGGGAACUCUGGAAAGAGUUUUCUUAUUGACAAUCUGCUGCAGUCACAGACACCUUCAGUCCGUCACCUGCGAAGGGCCCCGUGUGAACGUCCCAGGAGAACCUGGGGCUCUGCGCACGGAGCCUUUCAGGCCCACAGUCCCCAGCAGGGGAAAGAUUUAGGAGGACCACUUCUGCCACACGCAGGUGUACUGAGCAGUGUUUUCCUGCGCAGCCCGCCGUAUCUGCUGGCGUGCUGCGGUGGGUCCAGCCCCCCUCCUGUUUUCUCCAAGGUGGCAAACAUUCGAAUGUGGUCUGCUGAUACAAGUCCUAAAUCAAGAAGAGGGAUCCUCAGGAGGGCCGUGUUCUCUGAAGAACAACGGAAAGAGCUCGAGAGAACUUUUCGGAGACAGAAAUACAUCAGCAAAACAGAUCGGAACAAGCUGGCAGCAGAUCUCAGUCUCAAGGAGUCCCAGGUAAAGAUCUGGUUCCAGAACCGCCGAAUGAAGUGGAGGAACUGUAAGGAAAAGGAAGUUCAUAACACUCGCUCCCCGAUGGAUGAGCUCAUGGCCCAAGGUCUUGCUCAGGAGGAGGAGGAACCAUCGCAGAAACACUGUGACUCAAAGAAUGAGAGAUCAACAGCACAGAAGAGUGGCUGGGACACAUGAGCGAUAGUGAUGAGUGGAAGUAAACCAAUGACUCUUGAAUCCAUAAAAACUAUUAAAAAUAGUACUGGGAGGGCGUUAAAAUGACAUGAAUGAAAAACAGUCUGUGGAGACUAACACCACUAACAUUAACUUUUUAAUGAAUGGUUUGUCAAAACCUUAUUCAUUUUUACUUUAAGGUUCAACUGGUGUGUGAAUCAUCUCUUUCCGUCUCUGUGGCUUCGGUGUACAAUCUCCUGAAAAGUCUUUCCCGGAAAAAUGUCCACUGUGGUUAUAAUCCGUCAAACGCACUUCAAUGAGUCUCUUCAUUCAGUGCAUUUACACUUUUCUUCUUUGGGACAGCUUUGUGACAAUGCCUUGCUCAUCAUCCAAAAGUCAAACCAUUUGGUGCAUUCUGUAAAUAUCUUCUUUUUUUUAUCUUCUGUAAAUAAAGUGUUUCAGUGAAUCCUGA